GCAGUUGCGCGCGCGGUGGAGAGCGCAGUGGGGCUGGCUCGCUCCUAGGCUGGUCUCCAAACGUACAAAAGGCUUUUGUCAUUUUUUACUUAAUGCCUGAGUGGCGUUUGCAAAAGCCAACGGGAACGCCAGCGAAUCUGGCCGACCUCCAAUGGCACACUAAGGAGGAGGGAUUUCCCACCCCAAAACUUUUGGAUUUCUGUCGGAUAGGAAACGAGGGGGUAGGGGGCUCUUGCGUAUUCUGCCUCUAAACUGAGAUGAAUGUGCUGCUGCCGGGACGUUGCGGUUUUUAGAAGGGGGCUGUCUUUCCUUGCAUUCUCUUCAUAGCACAGCCCAGUAGAGGGGGAAAAAAACUGAACUUCAGAGGAAACGAAAUGGGAAAUGCAGGAUUCGCUUUAUGGGGAAAAGUGCAAGAACAAUCGGACCAGUUGAACUUGUAGUGACUUGGCUCAGCCUUAAUAACAUUUUAGAAUCGUAGUUGGUGGCGAUUUUACACGAAGAUGUCUGCACGCGUUUAAGUCGCGAGGAAAGAACGAUCGCGAAGCGGCAGCAACGGAGCAGAACUUGUAAUUUUCAACAAUCAAGUUUCUCUAUAAGACGGGCUGGGUGUGUGGGACGUGGCCGAACGCCUCUACAUUUUGGAGCGGUUGGAGGAGCUCCUGGAGCGCUGGGAUACCCCGGAUCGGACCGGACCGCACCAUGAGGACGGGGCAGUGACACACGACCCGGACCAGCACAGCGGGACAGCCCUGUGCUGAUGUCCCAGACCCGACCUGUGUCCUAAAACGCUUUUAUUUGCCGCAGAUGUUUCGGAAAAAAGCUUCAUCCUCCUUGAGAAUGAGAAGAUUAUCAGAAAGCAAUAGAUGGAGCAUUGAGCGCGGACGCAGUUCCUCCUUUCAUGAGGUGCGUGGCCUGCGGGGGGAGGGGGACAUGAGGCCCACGGCUGAGGAAACGUCCAGCAGCAGCAGCAGCAGCAGCAACACCGUGUUACAGCGCCUCCUGCAGGAGCAGAUGCGCUAUGGCGAUAGCAGGAACUACAUGUCCCAGCAGCCUCAACAGCAGCAGCAGCAGCAGCAGCCGCAGGGCGGGGCGGGGGGGUACCCAGGGCCCGGCGGCCCAGGAGAGGACCACCCCAUGGUCCCGCACAUCGCCCGGCAGGAGCCGCAGGGCCAGGAGCUGCAGUCCGACGGGGGCCUGGAGAAACAGCUGAGCUCCCGCGGAGGAGGCGGGGCCGGGAGCGGCGGGGGCGGGGCAGGACCUGGGGGUGGGGGAGGGGGCGGUGGCCAGGGUCCCGAGGACCUGCCCACGUACGAGGAGGCGAAGGUGCAGUCGCAGUACUUUCGGGGGCCGCCCCAGCUGCCCCCCUCAGUGGGCGCGGCCUUCUACGUGACGGGGGUGAGUAACCCGAAGGUGCGGACGGAGGGGCGCGCGGCGGUGCAGCGGGUGAGCGGGGGGAAGGUGCACCAGGACGACGGGCUGAAGGACCUGAAGCAGGGCCACGUGCGCUCUCUCAGCGAGCGGCUCAUGCAGCUCUCGCUCGCCACCAGCGGCGUCAAGGCGCACGCCCCCGUCACCAGCGCCCCGCUGUCCCCCCAGCUGCCCCCCCCGGGGGACUACUACAAACCCGCGCAGCACCGCGGCCCCCCGCCCGACUACCCCUUCCGCCCCCCACCCAAACAGCAGCCGCUUCAGCAGCACCAGCAGGAGCUGGGACAUUACUACCCCCCCGACCCCCGCGCCAGCCAGCCCAGCCAGCACAGCCAGCACAGCCAGCACAGCCAGCACAGCCAGCACAGCCAGCACAGCCAGCACAGCCGCGGAGACCUGCCCCACGUGCGCUACCAGCCCCCCCCGGAGUACGGCUCCUUCAGGUCCAAUAAGGAGAGCUCAAGCCACUCCCACCGCCUCGCCCACCACCACAGCCCCACCUCCUCGGUCACGUCCGUGGGGUCCCUGUCCCGCGCCCAGUCCUCCACCCUCAGCAGCCUGAUGGGGGCGCACCACGCCCCCCCCAUGUCCCACCCGGGGGAGCCCUUCAUGAUGGGCCCCCGGAGCCCCCAAGGGCCCGGCUCACACAUGGGGGACCAGUUCAGCGGGGGCCCGAUGCACCCCCACCCCCAGCGCAGCCACGGCUUCCAGCCGGAACACUACAUGUCGGCCCCCAGGAGCCACGGCCACGCCCCCCCGCAGCAGCAGCAGCAGUACCCGCCCCCCCACGCCCUGCAGGGGGAGCCCUACGUCAUGGUGGCCCGCGCCCAGCAGAUGGUGGAGAUGCUGUCCCAGGAGAACCACCUGCUCAAGCAGGAGAUGGAGAUCUGCUGUGACAAGGUGGCCAAGUAUCAGAAGCUGGAGACGGAGAUCCAGCUGGUCUCUGAGGCCUAUGAGAACCUGGUCAAGUCCUCCAGUAAGAGGGAGGCGCUGGAGAAAACCAUGAGGAACAAACUGGAGCUGGAGGUGCGCCGAUUACACGACUUCAACAGAGAUCUGCGAGAACGCAUGGAGACCGCUAACAAGCAGCUAGCCGCUAAAGAGUGCGAAGGGUCUGAAGACAACCGCAAGACCAUCUCUCAGCUUCUGGCUCAGAAUAAGGAGACGCAGCGGGAGAAGGAGACGUUGGAGAUCGAGCUGAACUCGCUCCGCUCCACAAACGAGGACCAGCGGCGGCACAUCGAGAUCCGGGACCAGGCUCUGAACAACGCGCAGGCCAAAGUGGUCAAACUGGAGGAGGAGCUGAAGAAGAAGCAGGUGUACGUGGAGAAGGUGGAGCGCAUGCAGCAGGCUCUUGCUCAGCUACAGGCUGCCUGUGAGAAGAGAGAACAGCUGGAGCACAGACUGCGUACACGCCUGGAGAGAGAGCUGGAGUCACUGCGCAUGCAGCAGCGGCAGGGCGGGGCCCAGGGCUCCAGCGUUCCCGAGUACAACACGUCAGCGCUGAUGGAGCAGCUUCGGGAGAAGGAGGAGCGUAUCCUGGCUCUGGAGGCCGACAUGACCAAGUGGGAGCAGAAGUACCUGGAGGAGAGCGUCAUGCGCCAGUUUGCCCUGGACGCUGCCGCCUCCGUCGCCACGCAGAGGGACACCUCUGUGGGCAGCAGCCACUCCCCCAGCAGCAGCUAUGACACGUCGGUGGAGGCGCGUAUCCAGAAGGAGGAGGAGGAGAUCCUCAUGGCCAACCGCCGCUGCCUGGACAUGGAGAGCAGGAUCAAGAACCUGCAUGCGCAGAUCAUCGAGAAGGACGCCAUGAUCAAAGUGUUGCAUCAGCGCUCGCGGAAGGAGCCCAAGGCCGACGCCCCGGCCGCCAUGCGGCCGUCUAAGUCGCUGAUGUCCAUCGCCAACGCCGGCGGCUCGGGGCUGCUCUCGCACACGCUCGGGCUGAGCGGCAGCCCCAUCACCGAGGAGCGCAAGGACGACCGCAGCUGGAAGGGCAGCCUGGGCAUUCUACUGGGCCCAGAGUACCGCAUGGACUCUCUGCGUACGGAGUCCAUCUCCUCGUCCCCCUCGCCCGUCCUGCCCUCCACCCCCAUGGCGGCAGGACACUCCAAAACAGGCAGCAGGGACAGCUGCACCCAGACGGAUAAGGGCCAGGAGCCCAGCAAACCCAGCACCCCCGCCCUGCCCUCUGCCCCGGUCCCGACCCGCCUCACCAGCCCCAGCCCGGUCUACAUCCCGGACCGCAUCGCAGAUGUUCCUGCAUUCCACAGCAGUACCCUAGAAAGGAGGGCACCCGUGCAGCCGCAGUCGCAGCCACUUGCGCAGACGCAGCCGACGCAGUCCCUGUCGCAGUCUCUGUCUCAGUCUCUGUCUCAGUCUCUGUCCCAGUCCCUGUCCCAGUCUCUGUCUCAGUCCCUAUCGCAGCAGGAAGUGGACAGUGAGAUGGUGGAGAUCCUCAUUUAGAGCCCUUCCUCACCAGUGCAUUCAGAGACAACACACAGACACUGUCCCACGUGGGUGAAGGAUCUUCCUAUCUGUCCUCCCCCCCACCCACCCCCCCCCAUUUUUGUGUGAGUGAGCGUGCGUUUAAACACACUCCCCAUAAUGAGCAGGGCUGGUGCUGUCCCUCUGAAACAGACUGUGCAGAACUGGAGCCCCUUCUCCCUGCCCACUGGACCAAAUCUCUUAGCUUCUUUUUUCAUUUAUUGCACUAAGUCUUUUUAAAAAAAAUUUUUUUUACUACAAGUGUUUAAGUUUUAUUUUCUGUCUGUCUUAGGUAUCCUAUUUAUAAGUAGUUUAUAUUUACUCAUCUUAAACGUGGCACUUGGGUAGUUUGUGUAAUUGUAAAUCGCAAAAUCAUUCUAAACCUGUAAAUACUGUAUGAUGAUACUGUAAGGCAGGUUCUUUCUCUGUGUUUUUUUAACCCCUUGUACACUACGAUUGAGCUGAAUCGCUCUGUAACUUGGCCCUGCCAGAGAGGAGCAGGAUGCACUGUAAAAUACUGUUGGGCUGAAAGCUUUGAUUUAAAAGUGGGAAUCAUUUCUAACUGUGGACGGGGUGUAAUUUUGGGGGACCCCACUGGUUUGGGGUGUCCUGCAUGCUGUAGAUUAGUGUUAAGCACACGCUCCCCUGGAGUGCUUUUUUUUGGGCUUUGGGGUAAACAGAACAUUUC